GACGUGUACGCCGUGACGUCAGAGCAAGGUGGCGGCGCCCUGAAGUUGACUCAGGUGUCCUCACGUUUGCGCCCCGCUUGUGUCAGGUUUAGAGGCAGACAGACUCCGCCUUUCUCCAACCAUGUUCUCCCUCCGAGGUUGUGGUCGCUGGAUCGCGGCUUCCCUCACCAAACAGCACCUUCCUGUGGCCCGGCUCAGCGGUGACAGCGCUGCGCCCGGGACGCCGCACUUCGACGUGAUAGUCAUCGGUGGAGGACACGCGGGGACGGAGGCUGCGGCCGCUGCCGCGCGCUGCGGCUCGCGGACUCUGCUGCUCACGCACCGCGUGGACACGAUCGGUCAGAUGUCCUGUAAUCCUUCCUUUGGUGGCAUCGGAAAGGGGCAUUUAAUGAGGGAGGUCGAUGCUUUGGACGGCCUGUGUUCCCGAAUCUGUGACCAGUCUGGUGUACAUUACAAAGUAUUAAACCGGCGUAAGGGACCAGCAGUUUGGGGUCUGAGAGCGCAAAUUGAUAGGAAACUCUAUAAACAGAACAUGCAGAAAGAAAUUCUAAAUACACCACUGCUGACCGUUCAGGAGGGAGCUGUAGAAGAUCUUAUUCUUACAGAACCAGAACCUGAGCACACUGGGAAAUGCCGCGUCAGUGGUGUUGUUUUGGUGGAUGGAAGCAAAGUAUAUGCAGACAGCGUGAUUCUGACUACUGGGACAUUUCUGAGAGGCGUGAUUGUAAUUGGGUUGGAGAUGCAUCCAGCAGGACGUUUAGGGGAUCAGCCUUCCAUAGGGUUGGCUCAGACUCUAGAGAAGUUGGGGUUUGUGGUGGGAAGAUUGAAGACUGGAACUCCACCCCGAAUUGCCAAAGAGUCCAUUAAUUUCAGCAUUCUAAACAAGCAGACACCAGAUAAUCCAUCCAUACCAUUCAGCUUUAUUAAUGAAACAGUGUGGAUCAAGCCCGAAGAUCAGCUGCCGUGUUAUUUGACUCACACCAAUCCUAAAGUGGAUGAGAUUGUCCUUGAGAACCUGCACCUUAAUAGUCACAUCAAGGAAACUACAAGAGGACCCAGAUACUGUCCUUCCAUUGAAUCAAAGGUUUUGCGUUUUCCAAACCGUAUACAUCAGGUUUGGUUGGAACCUGAAGGAAUAGAUUCUGACCUCAUCUACCCCCAAGGGUUAUCUGUGACGCUACCAGCUGAAUUACAAGAGAAAAUGAUUACAUGUAUCAGAGGCUUGGAGAAAGCCAAAAUGAUCCAGCCAGGCUAUGGUGUUCAGUAUGAUUACUUAGACCCCCGUCAGAUCACUCCUUCUCUAGAGACUCAUUUGGUGCAACGGCUCUUCUUUGCUGGACAGAUAAAUGGCACUACUGGUUAUGAGGAAGCUGCAGCUCAAGGUGUGAUAGCUGGAAUCAAUGCAAGUCUUCGGGUCAGACAAAAACCUCCUUUUGUCGUUAGCCGUACAGAAGGCUACAUAGGAGUCUUGAUUGAUGACCUCACCACACUGGGCACCAACGAACCAUACCGAAUGUUUACCAGCCGAGCCGAGUUCCGUUUGUCACUGCGCCCUGAUAAUGCCGACACCCGCCUCACGUUCCGAGGGUAUAAGGAAGCUGGCUGUGUGUCCCAACAAAGAUAUGAAAGAGCUUCUUGGAUGAAGUCGUCUUUAGAAGAAGGCAUUUCUAUGCUAAAAUCCAUUGAAUUUUCAAAUUCUAAAUGGAAAAAGUUAAUCCCAGAGGCUUCUAUAAGUAUGAGUAAAAGUGUAUCUCUCAGAGCUCUGGAUGUUCUGAAGUACGAGGAAGUUGACAUGGACUUAUUGGCCAAGGCUGUUCCAGAGCCCUUGAAGAAGUACACUCAAUGUAGAGAGCUAGCUGAAAGACUGAAAAUAGAAGCCACUUAUGAAUUAGUAUUGCUCUAUCAGCAACAAGAAAUAAAGAACAUUCAGCGAGAUGAAGCUCUCCAACUGCCAAAAGACCUAGAUUAUUUGACUCUCAGGGAUGUGUCUUUGUCCUAUGAAGUUCGAGAGAAGCUACAUUUAAGUCGCCCACAGACGAUUGGGGCUGCUAGUCGUAUACCUGGAGUGACACCUGCUGCCAUCGUCAAUCUGCUCAGAUUUGUGAAGACCACUCAGCAAAGACAGGCAGCUAUGAAUGAGUUGCCCAAAACUGAUCAAUACUUAGGUGAUACAGACAUACUUGAAGAGAGACAGUUAUAGCUUUCUGUUCAUAGAAGACUUUUAAUCAAUGUAAGAUUGUAGGUAGAAGAUAAGCAUUUCUCUUUGACACCUGUUAAAAUAACCUUAUUAGCUAUUA